AUGGAUUUCAUUGCAGGUUUGGAAUUUCAAGAGCUAUGUUCCUCACUCUUUGAGGGUUGUGGCCUGUCCACCACAGGAGGUAACAUGAUUCCUGGACAAACUAGGAAAGAAGAUAUGCCCAAUCCUAGUGGGAUUCCACCUCCUGCUUCAGCUACUAAGAACUCAACAGGGAUGGCUAAAGGCACUGCCAAUACAGUGGAACAAAACCUGCCAACGUUUCCUCCCACCGCUGCUACUGGUGGCAUCCAAGCAACAUUGAUUCCUACAGGUUUGGCACCCCAUGUGCCUAAACUACCUCAGAAUCCUACAAAUAUUCAAAAAAUCCAAGUGCCUCCUGGUAUGGUCCACAUUCUAACGGAGAAGGGACGAUUGGCUCUGAUUCCUCAACAAUCUAUGGCACAGGCCCAUCCUGAGGGGCAGAACCAAAAUACCAUGACUCCUGUUCAGAUGUCAACUGUGCAGGCUCCUGGGAUAACAACGAUUGAGCAACAAAUGACAUCAACUACCAUCAUGAAGCAAGUGUCUCAGGCGCAGACAGUGGUACAGCCAAGUAUAACUUUAGGGCAUUCUCCAACAGUGCAGCCUCAGAUUGUUCUGGUUGGUAAUGCACAGACAGCAAAGUUACCAAUAGCCUCUUCCACAUGUUCUGCACCUUCUCAGAUGACUGUACUAGAAGCCACAGCAACUUCUGCUGCUCCAGAAACCGUGGAAAGUGUGAAGAGAUGCAAGAAUUUCCUCUCAACACUAAUCAUGCUGGUUUCAUCUUAUAAAUACGCUCCAAAGAUAGCAGCAAAUAUCAAAGAAUUAAUACAGAACUGUCUAGAAGGGAAAAUUGAAGCUGAAGAUUUUGCCAGCAGAACAUUUCAAGAAUUUCAUUCUUCCCCUCCACCUUACCUUGCACCUUUCCUGAAGAGGAAUUUAGCUGCCCUUCGACAGUCAGUCCCAGAUCCCGCAGCUUUCAUUCGGCAAUGUCAGCAGGAACAGCCCAGUGUCCCAGCAACAAGUACCCUGAAAACAGUGGUACUCAAGAGCUCUGGUCAGUGCACAGCUGGGAAAACUGCUGCCACCUCCUCAAGUACUCGUCAGACACAGUUGACACCAGGCAACGUUAGCAAAGGACAACUUUUAGCUCUUGUAAUCCAACAACCAAAGAAACCAGGGGCACCUCAGCAGGUAACACUGACACCAACCUCUGUGGCGGUGUUGCAACAGCCAGACAAUCGCAUCAGGCUUGUUCCUUCUCAGCAAAUUCAACUAAAGCAGCUUCAAACAGCUUCUGUGGUCAAACCUGCUCUAUUACCUGGAACCAAAGUUCUUAAUAUGACUUUUGCACCAAAGAGUGAAGUGAAAGAACCUGGCCCUUUCAGGGAGGGUGAUGCCAUCACUGUUGCAUCAACGGCAAGUGUCAACUUAUCACAGGAGAGUGCCAGGACAUUGACAACAAAUUCUGAAUCUGAAGGCACAUUAGCAAGUUCUCGUAAAGAGGAUACCUUUCUUCUGUCGGGACUUUUACAAAGAAGAAUGUUAGAAAUUGGUCAAAAGCAUGGAAUAACAGAACUGCAUCCUGAUGUAGUCAGUUAUGUGUCACAUGCAACAAAGCAAAGGUUACGAAACCUCAUCGAAAAAGUAUCCGAAAUUGCUCAACUAAACAAUAUUUCUUAUAAGAAUGAUAAAAGAUAUGAACAGACAAGUAAUGUCCAGGCUCAACUCAAAUUCUUUAAACAGCUGGACCAAAUUGAAAAACAGAGGAAAGAUGCACGAGAGAGAGAAUUUUUAAGGAGUGUGGCAAAGUCUCGAUCUAGACAAGAAGAUCCAGAACAAGUUAGGUUGAAACAGAGGGCAAAGGAGAUGCAGCUACAAGAGCUAGAAGAGAGGUGUCAAAGGGAUACCAAUUUAACUGCAUUAGCAGCAAUUGGUCCUAGGAAGAAAAGGAAAGUAGAUUCUCUGGGACCUGGAUCAGAGACAAAGGGUUCUGGAGAUGGAACAACCGAAUGGUUUACUCAACAAAGGAAAACUCGGGUUAAACUCAGGGAUCUCAUAUAUUGUUUAGGAAAAGACCAAGUGACAAGGCAUUCACUAUUAUUAUACAAAGCAUUCCUUAAGUAAAAUGGAAGACAGAGCUAUUUUUGAUAGGGACAG